AUGCGAAUGAAGGACGACGCUGUCAGAGAAUAUGAUGGAGCCACGCCUUCAGGGAAGGAAUACUUUUCAGAUUACAGAAGCGGUUACGAUGACUACGAGAGAGGUGAAGGAGAUGCCGAUAAAGGAGAAAGGGUUAAUUCGUAUCCAAUGGAAAAUGAAGAUACCAUGCUCUUUGGUCUCGGUCUUGGUCUCUCUGGAGGCGAUGCCACCCUGAUGGACUCUACGCAGCAGCAGACGAAGCCAGCAAAACCUGAGAACAGCAGCAGGAAACUCAAGCAUGGUAUGAAGUCUAGUUUCGUCCGUGAGACCUUCAUCGUGAGACCUUCAUCGCAGAAGCCUUCCAUUCCUGUGAGAUGCAAUGUGAGGGUGAAGGGGGAGGGGAUUGUGGAGGGCUUCCUCCAAUCCGUUGCUGGGAUGACGACGACGAAUCGUCAGUCGUUUGGGCCUCACGACUGUCUCAACACGGCUUGUGCGCUCGUUGCUAUUUUCUUCUCGUCAAGCCGCUCUCUGGCGCUAACGCUGCCAGCUGCGUUGCAACAAGUGAUGCCACUGCAAUCGGAGAAGGACGACCCUGUGAGAGAAUAUGAUGGAACCACGCCUUCAGGGGACGAAGACUAUUCAGAUUACAGCAGCGGUUAUGAUGACGACGGGAGAAGUGAAGCAAAUGCCAUGGAUGGAGAACAAGUCGACUUGCAUCCGACGGAAAAUGAAGACACCACACACUUGGCUCAUGGCCUUAGUCUCGCUGGGGGCGAUGCCCUUCUGAUGGACUCUCCGCAGCAGCAGACGAUGCCACCAGAAAGUGAGAACAGCGGGAAACUCAAACGUGAAAGAAGACAAACACAUUCGUGCUUGGCGUGCGGCACCAAUUCUCGUCGCCGAUUCCAAGUCACCUGUUCCGAUUACUUCAGCGUGACUCGACUGGUUCCUGUCCUGGCGAUGUUUUACCCAGAUCUACUCCGGAGCAUCGUCAAUCCGUUCAGCUCUCUUCAAAACGAAACAAAUGGUAUGAAGUCUAGUUUCGCCCGUGAGACCUUCAUCGUGAGACCUUCAUCGCAGAAGCCUUCCAUUCCUGUGAGAUGCAAUGUGAGGGUGAAGGGGGAGAGGAUUGUGGAGGGCUUCCUCCAAUCCGUUGCUGGGAUGACGACGACGAAUCGUCAGUCGUUUGGGCCUGACGACUGUCUCAACACGGCUCGUGCGCUCGUUGCUAUUUUCUUCUCGUCAAGCCGCUCUCUGGCGCUAACGCUGCCAGCUGCGUUGCAACAAGUGAUGCCACUGCAAACGGAGAAGGACGACCCUGUGAGAGAAUAUGAUGGAACCACACCUUCAGGGGACGAAGACUAUUCAGAUUACAGCAGCGGUUAUGAUGACGACGGGAGAAGUGAAGCAAAUGCCAUGGAUGGAGAACAAGUCGACUCGCAUCCGACGGAAAAUGAAGACACCACACACUUGGCUCAUGGCCUUAGUCUCGCUGGGGGCGAUGCCCUUCUGAUGGACUCUCCGCAGCAGCAGACGAUGCCAGCAGAAAGUGAGAACAGCGGGAAACUCAAACGUGAAAGAAGACAAACACAUUCGUGCUUGGCGUGCGGCACCAAUUCUCGUCGCCGGUAUAGGCGUUCUACAUCGUAUUGGGGUUGA